CGCGGCUCAACUCAGAAGAAACAAACCGAAACGAUUCAACUCAACGAUUCGAUUCGUCUUCUCAAAUUGUUAGUUAUCUGGAAACGAAAGAGAGAAGCAACCAAAGCCUAAGACAGCGUCUCUCUCUUCGGUAAAAGAUGGCGGAGGAUUUCGCGAGGGCGGUGGAGGACGGUCUCAAACUCGCGAAACGGAUUUAUUUCGGAAACGACCGAGCCGUCGCGGCGCCGAGGCUAGCGUCCCCGAUGGAGAGAGCCGCCUCCGCGGCGCAUGCUCACCUCCCUACGGCGCCAAUGGUUUACGCCGUGAUACACGAGCCGGGAAUCGUGGAUAACCCGGACCUGCCUAGCUACCAGCCUCACGUGCACGGCAGGUGCGACCCUCCGGCUCUGAUUCCUCUCCAGUUGAACGCGAUUGAGCUCGACGUCGACUGCUAUCUCGACACGGCUCUCGUCACCGUCACCGGAUCGUGGCGUGUGCAUUGCGUUAUGGGAAGCAAGCGAUGCGAUUGCCGUAUCGCUAUUCCCAUGGGUGAACAGGGCUCAAUUCUAGGUGUUGAGGUUGAGAUUCCUAGAAAGUCUUACACAACACAGUUGAUCACUGCUGAAGAUGGACAUGAGUUGGAGAAGACGGCACAACCUCAAAGUGGAGGUUUCUUGAAACCAAACAUAUUCACCAUCACAAUACCACAGGUUGAUGGAGGCACCAACCUCUCUAUCAAGAUGUCUUGGUCCCAGAAGUUGACGUAUAACGAAGGAGAGUUUUUCCUCGAUAUUCCUUUUCACUUUCCUGAGUAUGUGACUCCUGCUGUGAAGAAAAUCUCCAAGAGAGAGAAGAUUUACUUGAGUGUUAACGCCGGUACUGGAACGGAAGUUCUCUGCAAAGGAUGCAGUCACCCGCUAAAGGAAAAGAUGAGGAACGCAGGGAAGUUGAGGUUUUCAUAUGAAGCUGAUGUUUUGAAGUGGUCGAACACAGAUUUUAGCUUUUCCUAUACGGCCUCUUCAAGUAGUAUAGUUGGUGGACUUUUCCUUCAAUCUGCGCCUGUUCAAGAUGUUGAUCAGAGAGAGAUAUUUUCUUUCUAUCUUUUUCCAGGAAAGCAACAAAGAACUAAGGCGUUCAAGCGGGAGGUAGUAUUUGUUGUUGAUAUAAGUAAAAGCAUGACUGGAAAACCUCUCGAGAAUGUAAACAAUGCGAUAUCGGCAGCUCUAUCUAAGCUUAAUCCGGGAGAUUCCUUCAAUAUUAUGACUUUCAGCGAUGAUACUUCUCUGUUUUCGACAUCAAUGGAGCCGGCUACUCCAGAUACUGUUGAAAGAGGCAUUGAGUGGAUGAACAAGAACUUUGUUGUCGCAGAUGGUACAAACGUGCUUCCUCCCCUAGAGAAGGCUGUGGAAAUGCUAUCGAAUACUCGUGGCUCCCUUCCUAUGAUCUUCUUCGUAACAGAUGGGUCUGUUGAAGAUGAGAGACACAUUUGUGAUGCAAUGAAGAAACGUCUUGCUAGUGCUGGAUCAGUGUGUCCACGGAUACACACUUUUGGGUUAGGUAUAUUCUGUAACCACUACUUCCUGCAGAUGCUUGCAAAUCUAUCCAGGGGACAGCACGAAUCAGUUUAUAAUACUGAUCACAUCGAGGAACGAUUAGACAAAUUGUUUACAAGGGCUUUGUCCACUGUUCUUUUGAAUAUAACAAUUGAGCCCCUUCAGAAUCUUGAUGAAAUUGAGGUAUACCCUUCAAAUAUUCCGGAUCUGACGUCUGCAAGUCCAUUGAUGAUAUAUGGGAGAUACCGAGGAAAGUUCCCUGAGAAUGUGAAAGCCAAUGGUCUGCUAGGAGACAUGAGCAGCUUUUCUGCAGACUUGACUGUACAAAGUGCAAAAGACAUACCUCUUGAUAAGGUGUUUGCAAAGAAUGUGAUUGACUUGCUAACUGCUAAGGCAUGGUUCUCGGAAGACAAACAGCUAAUAGAAAAGAUUACUAAACUAAGCAUCCAAACCGGCGUACCAUCUGAGUAUACUCGAAUGAUCCAGUUGGAGAACACAGAAGAAGCACUGAAACCCAGUGACACUGGCGGAAAGAAACAGACGGGACGCAAUGGCGAGAAACAGAAGCUGAUAUCAAGAACAAUCCCACUACAAAACUUUGGGAUAGGCUUUGGUGAUACAACAGUUACCAGAGAGAAUGUUCCACCAGGAUUUGGAGAACAGAGAGCGCCUGACGCUGCUGAGAAGUUCGUGAAGGCUGCCUCGAGCUGCUGUGUCUCCUUAUGCAACAAAUGUUGCUGCAUGUGUUGUGUCCAGUGCUGCACUAAGCUCAAUGAUCAAUGUGUCCUUGUCUUCACACAGCUCUUCACAGCGCUUGCUUGCAUCGCCUGCUUUGAAUGUUGCUCAAAUGUCUGCUGUGCAUGUGGUGGAGACGAAUAGUUAUUAAAAAAAAUGAUUUUGAAUUCUGAGUUUAAAAGCUUUUAAGCUUCAAAGUAAGUUUGUACAUUUACCUUACACACUAAAUGUAAUUUCUGUACGGCCUGAUCCAAUAUAAAAGCUUUACUUAAAUUUUCUA